ACAGGUUUAAGUUAGGUACAGACUCGUCGCUUCAAUCAAUUAAAUUUAAGAUUCUGAUCUUUACUAAUUCCAAUGGCCCUAUCAGUAUUGGUGCAAUGUGGGUUUAUGAUUUUGUGGCUUGUUGCAGCAACUUGCGCGCAAGAGUUGGAAUCUUAUUUCAAGGAUUGCCGGAUAGGAGAUGAGAGAUUCGACAAGUGUUUGAGAAAGGCAUUAAACGAAGUGCGCCCACUGUUUAAAGAUGGAGUACCAAAAUAUGGCGUGGACAAGUUUGAUCCAUUUUUCGCAAAAAGUGUUAAAUUUAAAAGGGGCCUGCCCAACGCUAACGUUAAUUUAUUAUUAAAAAAUGUUUAUGAAUCAGGAUGGACCAACUCUAAAAUUACGCAUUUAAAGACGGACCUUAAAAAUAAUAAAAUGGUCUACCGGCAAGUUUUUCCAGACAAGAGACUCAAUGGAGAAUUUGAAAUUAGAGGCAACAUUUUGGGCAAUCACCUCGAUAACGCCGGAACGUGGAAUCUGUCUUUAACCGACUAUGUCCAAACGACGACACUUACAAGGAGACCACGAAUGGAUAGCAACGGGAGUUUAACAUACGACAACGCUACAAUUGAGGCCGAUAUUAGGUAUGAAAGUACUAAAGGCCUUGGUAUGAACUUUGGCGAUCCAAUGGGACUAGAUAGUCCAGGUGCGAACGCCUUGUCUCAGUUGGUGAAUAGCUCGUGGCCCGUUGGAAUUUUAUUUAUGCGAAAUGCGAUAGACGAAAUAGUUAGCGCAGCGUUUACCGAUAUCUUUACAAAGUCAUUUCAGUAUUUCCCCUUUGAGGAGAUGAUACACUAGCUAGAAAAUCUUAUAUGUAGUUUCACUUUUUCAAUAUGUUAUGGACUUACUUCUUUGAUUUUUCUUAUUGUAUGAAGUGCAGGCCAAUGACUUUCAGUAUUCGAUUUAUGAAUUAAUUAAAGAGA